UCUGGUGGCACGCUGUUGGAUUAUCUCCACUCCCUCAACCGAAACACCAAGGUGAAGGGGAGAAUGGAGGAGAGGGAAGAGGAGAAGAAGGAAAAGAAGGUGGCGAACGGAGAAGGGGAAGGGGAGGGAGAAGAUCCCGUGCGAACACGGGAGUUUUAUCGGUUUGUGUCAGAAAUCGUCAGUGGUAUGCGUGCUCUCGAGGCCAAGCAUAUUCAGCAUCGCGAUCUGGCUGCGCGCAACAUCUUCCUCACCAGUCGCCGAGAAGUCAAGAUUGGUGAUUUCGGUCUGAGUCGAGCGGAGGGCUCGAACUUCACCUUCGGUCUGAUUUCUACGCGGUGGACGGCGCCGGAGGUGUUGGAGAGUGAGGCUAAUUUCACACUGCGCUCGGAUGUGUGGUCCUUCGGUGUGGUGAUGUGGGAGAUCUACAGUCUCGGCAGUCUGCCUUACAGUGACGUGCCGAUUCGAGAGCUGCUGCCUUAUCUCAGCAGUGGUCGACGUUUGAUACCGCCAAGCAGUGCACCAUCGAAUAUAGCCAAGCUCAUGAGGAUGUGUUGGGAGAUGCCGGCUGAGUCGCGACCCACUUUCGUGAAACUUGACUUCUACUUGAAUGGGCGGUCCAUGCGCUCUGAGUCCGGUGCCUAUGACACAAGACCGCCUAUAUUGCCUAUUAAACCGCAACUGUCGUCUACUUCCGUCUCGAUCAGCUCUGCUAGUGCAGCUCACGCAUCGUGGAGCGCCAGUACAAAGAAGCAUAAUUCUUUGAUCUUGCACAAAACUUAA